AUGAAGAUGCCUUUCGGAUCCAACGGUGCCAGCUCCGGGAAACAGGUUUUGCAUACGAACAACGAUCACGGUGACGAUGUGACAAGAAGCGAGUCUUCUCUGGUUGUCUCAGAAGUCGGUGAAACCCCCCGAACGAAUGGUAAAGUGGACUUGGAUUAG